CUCACAUUACACUCUCAAGCUUUGAUCCCCUCACAAAGCUGCUGCAUGGUGUGGUUGGUGUUUGGAUGUGCUCAUUAACUCUGUACUGGCUGUCUGUUGCAGAGAAGACAGACACAAGAUGGACCUCUGUCCUCUGGUCUCCUGGUUUGGAUCUUAAAUGACUGAAGACACACAAGGGAGAAGAUGAUCUGCAGCAUCCUGCUGCUCAUCAUCCUGACCUCCUGUGUCUCUGGAACAUUUGUAGUGAAUGUGACCCAGACCUCCUAUCAGGCAGAGGAGAACCACCACAUCACACUGGAGUGGACCUUCACAACCAACCCUUACAGUUCCUCCAACUCUCUUUCUAUCUUCUGUGAACUGUUAUCUGAUCUCAAUAAUCCAAUCCUGUUUCAUCUCCAUGAAGGAGUUGAGGUACCAGAGUCUCAGGAUGAACAGUUUGCAGGACGAGUCCAGUGGGACAAAGACGUCCUCAGAGAAGGACGAAUCAGACUUCAUGUGUCCAGACUCAGGACUGAAGACUCAGGACUGUACGUGUGUGACGUACUCACAAGUUAUGGGAGUAACUCUGGUAGAUGUUGGCUCAAUGUCACUGCAGCGAGGGAUCGGCCUGAACCUGAGACACCAAACACAACAAGUCCACCAAACACAACAAGUCCACCACAACCAGAGAGUCGGGGAAGGAUCGGUCUCUACUGUGUACUGACAGCAGCAGCUCUGCUGGCUGGUUGUUUCUGUUUAUUCAGUCAUCUGCUGAGAAACAACAUUUCUCCUAGGAGUUUGAAGGUGGAUUUGCAAAAGGAUACAGUUCAGCAGGUGGAGUCAACCGUUUGAUCAACUACCACAAUAAUUUGAUUUUAUACUUCAGAGAACGAAGAAAUGACUAGUUUUGCAUUGACUGGUUUAUAAAGCACAAUGAGGAUUCCUAACAUACUAAAAUAUGUUUUCUUUAGUCAUCGAAACAAAUGCCAACUAUUCUGUGUCAUUCAUGUUUUUAUUGGCCUUUUAACAACACAGUAUUGUACUUGCCUUGCACAGGGUGUAAUGAAGCAUUCAAAUUUCCUUCGGGAUGAAUAAAGUAUAUAUAUAUCUAUCUACAACACAGUCUCACUCCCUACUCGUCAAAUGUAUGACGCAUGCUUUCUAAGUCUGUAUGUCUGCAGGUUCCAGCUGUUUGUCUGUCUGUCUGUCUGUCUGUCUGUCUGCAGGUUCCAGCUGUCUGUCUGUCUGUCUGUCUGUCUGUCUGUCUGCAGGUUCCAGCUCUCUGACUCCCAAUGAAGCAGUAAGGUCGACUCAGACUCUUCACAUCUGUUAGUUUCUGUUGUUACUCUUCUGAAUGUUUCUUGAUCGUCUGUGAUCUGAAGCUGCAGAAUCGACCAAACUACAGCUUUUUAUUGUGUUGUGUAAUUGAAACUGGAACUUUGUAUUACCAUUUUCAUCAUGUUCAAAUCAGCUGUUAUAUUUAUGUUAUUCUUUACACAGAAGGCCAUGUAUUAACUCUGCUGAAAUAUUUUGUACUAAUAAGUUAAAGUUGAUCCAGUUGUGAUCAGAACCUGUUGCUGCCUCUGUGGGCCUCUAAAGCCCAUUCACAUGUUUCAGAAACAUGGAGUUAGUGUUAUUUAAAUGUAUUUAACAUGAAUGCUAGCUGGUAGUUGCUACGCUAGUUGAUUCAGGGGUUUAUUGAGAAUGUAGUAGAGAUUUAUAUAUCAUCUUUAUGUAGCUGUCAGCAUAACUAAGUCUGGAAAAUGCUUCUGCUGAGAUCAGGUAUGGUUUAUAGAAGAAGUCUGAUUAAAAUAUUUUGCAAACUU